AUGUCGUCUCCAACGCGACACCCCGAAGACUUGAAGAGGUUGCGCCACAGUUCGAUAUCUUCGAGCGCCUCAGCUCCCCCAGCCAAGAGGAUGAACAGCGGACUCGAUAUUAUUGAAUCUGGCCUUGAACUCGUCCCUGACAGGCUCCGUGCGGAAAGGCACAAAGAGCUUGAUGAAGUGGUUUUGAAUAAGGUCGACAGAUUUUUUGAGAAGGGUGAAUUGAGACUGGUCGAGCUUGGUAUUCUAGGCGAGUCCGUGGUAGUCAACUCCGACGGCAUACUGGAUCCUUUCUGGACGGCUACGCGUCUCGCAGAAGAGAUGAGGGAAAAUCCUGCACUCGAAGACGAGCUGCAAGCAGCGUGGAAAGGGGGAGAUUUUCAACGAAUACGGUUGCUUAAGCUGCUCAGCAGGAAACUCACAACGGUUAACCCAUGUUCAGAUCUGUCUGAGCAAGGUGAAGCAAUGGCUGAGGCUUGGCAAGUCAAAUACGUUGGGGAUCAUCACGAGUGUUUACUGCGCGCGAUCGAUAAAAUGACCGAUCCGGAGAGGGUACGAGGGAAAAUCUAUUGGAACUACCUUCCCAUAGUUCAGAGCUCUGGCAUGGGGAAGUCUCGUCUGGUGGAUCAAGUCUCGACGCUGAUUUUCACGAUUCCCUUCAAUCUCCGGACGACGAAUGAAUAUCCCACCCCAGACGAAACUGUCCGAGACGAAAUGCUGCGUCUUCCCCCGGGCAGUGUGAGCUUGUACAAGGGGUCUGCGGUGCAGACAGAAGGGUUUGCUCACUUGGCGAGUUCACCAGAACACAAGGAAAUAGCUGUUACGAUGUACUACCUGCGGGCGCGUUAUGCCGCAAUCCUCGCUGGUGUCGUUGGAGUCAUUCACAAGGAAGUAGAGCGGCUUACGGAAUCUGGAGCCUUGUCGGUGAAGAAUGACGAUUCGGACCUGGAUUUUGCUAGCGAGUGGCGUAAACACCUUCUCAGCGUUCGAUCUGACUUGUACGCACGAGGAGUAACAGAAGGAUUGAAAUUGCUAGAGACGUCUUUGAGGAGUGGAGAGCUGGAGGGCUGGAGAAUGACAGACGCGUUCUCCCGUGCAUGUCAAGAUCUGUGCAAGGUGGUCCCGCACAGAGAGCAUCAGCCUUGGAUUCUCUUUUCCUUCGACGAAGCCCACGAACUUUCGGAUAUGGGCUUUUUGUCCGAGGACUUGAAGGAUCCAUCAAGUGAAGUCUUUCGAACUCCACUAGACGCCCUGCUCUACGUGCUCGAUUAUGUGAAAGAUGAUCACGUUUUCGCUGUCCUUCUCUCCACCAACUCCAGCCUGUACAAGAUCUCCACUAACUCCAACCUGCACAAGAUCUCCCCAUCCCGAAGCGUGGCAGCGUCUAUACGAGUGGUUGCCGAGCCUAAUCUUAACAGUCAACAGAGUGCCCGCCAAGCCCCAUAUGUCGAAUUGCCGUUUGAUACUUGGAACGGCAACGCCAUCUGCGUUGUGGGGUUAAACACUCUGAAAAGUUAUUCGUUCCUUCGCUUACAAAUGGGCAGACCUGAUCCUGGUGUCUGUUUUAUUCUCGCUAGAUGGUGGACGCGCGUGCAGGACAAGCCCAACAUGCUCAAUGACAUCUUCUUCUUCGCUCAGGCGAAACUUCUCUGUAUGAGUGCGCUCCACUGGAACCCUUUGAAACCCGCGGGAUAUUCUGCUCUAGCGAUACUAAGCAACCGCCUCAUUCUCGAUAUCGAGCCUCAAAGGGAGGCGAAUCGCAUGCUGGAGGACAAACUUGUGGCAAGCCACAUGCGUGUCGCCUACUCGGCACCUUCCCAUCUACAGUACUUGUACUCGAGUUAUCCCUCUGAACCUCCGCUGGUCGAAGCCGCCGCGAUUUUGUGGAACACUCCCGGCUUUGACGCUCUCUCGCACUUGGAAAAGUUCCUUGAAGACGGCCUCAUCUGCAAGAGCGACCGCGGAGAGGCGGUGUGCCAGUUCCUCUUCAUACGGGCUUAUGACGAGUGUAUCCAUGACGACGGGAUUCGGAAGAUCGGAAGUGAGAAGGCGCGAUACCACCAAUUCGUGCCCGUCGUGGAUCUCCUUCGCAAGUUGUUUUCCGCCGAAGUGGCCGGAAAGAUUCUUUCCGCACCUCCCAGCAACGAUCCUAAUGGUUCGGACCUCGAAGCCGCCUUUUCUACGGCUUGGAUACGGAUCAGCCACUUCGCUCGUGCGGGGGAUUCGUCUAUCCUGGAACCCAACUUGGCAGGCGCUAUCAUAGCGAGGGGCGCAGCGUGGCAAUGUCGCGAUGCUCAGCAAGACAUUGCUUUUCUCCUUGAGUGCGUGCACGGCGACGAAGAUACCCCUAUUGAGAAGAUGGCGGUCUCUAGGAUCGCGGUUCAGAUGAUGAAUACACCCUGGGAGCAGGCGGUGUCUGUGUCAUCGAAUGUCCUCUAUGGCUCCCCCAACGUGCCGUUCAACGAGAGGCCUCAUAUGAUCAUUGUCCUCGAUUUGGGUGUGUGGGGCGCACGUAGUAGGGCAGCUCCUCCGGCGCAGGCGUCAGUGCUCAGUACUGGUGCCCCCAGCAGCUCGCAAACCACGGCAAUGUUUCUGUCAUCUCCGAUGAAAGUGAAGCAGGACCCCAUCAAUCCAGCACGCCAGACCCGUAGCAGUCCUCGACCGACGAGCCCUCGAUACUGGAUCUCUGUCGUUGGGUGUUCCCCGCAGACUUUCAACAAACAUAUCGUCCCGAGCAGGGACCGAAUCAAGACGUUGCUGACCUCGCAACCUUUACUGGCAGAGCAUGCCAGGCAAGGAAGGCCAUACGUAGAGAAGCUCCUUCAGCUCAAGCCCUAUUUCGUAGAAGGCGCGCGGGGACCUUGCUUCACGUGGAAGGAGAUAGAGAAACCACUUGCUGCUGAAGUUCGACGUGAAGGACGUGACGAGGUACAAGAUUGGGUCGAGAUACUUGUUGAAGGAGAUGAGGUACUUGAUGAAGAUGAGAAAAUCUCUAGUCUCGAAAAUGACUCUGACCCGAAUUGAACUGUCUGGCUGAAAUAGGGUAUUCAU